AUGAAGAACGUCUGGCCCACGGGCGCUGCCCAGGGCGCUGCCCAGAGUCUGUACAAUCACAACUGGAGGCAGAAAAGGAUCGCGACCCAGACAGAAGAGGAUGCUGAGAAGCAAAGAGCCAAGAAUCGAGCAAAGGCCGCCAAACACGGUGCCAAAAAGCCAUCAUUGGACCCUGAUUACGCGGAGAAAGUGUCAGCAGCCAACAAAGCGUGCCGGGAAAAGCAUCGUGACGAGCUAAAUGCAAAGAAACGAGAAGUCCGCGCAGCAAAGAAAGUCAUCAACACCGCUAACAGCGCUAAAGGUCAAGGGUCACUUGAUGGCUUCUUACGUUCGAACCAAGACAGCACUGGCAGGAAACAGAUUCAGACUCUGGAGGCUCCCACAUCAUAA